UCUUCCUCCUCCCACAAAAACAGAGUCUGCAGCUGCACAGAGAGAGAGAGAAGAAAAAUGGAAGAUUCGGUGGAGAUCGAAAGGCCAAGGACUAUUUUUAGACGUUACUUCUGUGAUUAUUGUGGAAUUUGCAGGUCUAAGAAGUCUCUCAUUAAUUUUCACAUCCAAACUCAACAUAAGGAAGAGAUGGACAAGGUUAAAGCUAAUGAAAAUGAAGAAAUGGAAGUUGUGAAGUCCAAUGCGUGCCAAGAAUGUGGUGCCAUUUUCAAAAAGCCUGCAUAUCUGAAACAACAUAUGCAAAGUCAUUCUCUUGUGAGGCCAUAUGUGUGUUCAGUUGAUGAUUGCCAUGCCAGCUACAGAAGGAAAGACCACUUGACUCGUCACCUUCUUACACAUGAGGGAAAACUCUUUAAGUGUCCUACUGGGAAUUGCAACAUUGAAUUUGUUUUCCAAGGCAAUGUGAAAAGGCAUGUUAAAGAACUUCACAGUGAGGAUUCCCCCUCUGCUAAAUGUGGUCAGAAGCAGUGUGUUUGUCAGGAAACUGGUUGUGGGAAGGUGUUUAGAUACCCUUCAAGGCUGCGAAAACAUGAGGAUUCCCAUGUUAAGCUGGAAUCGGUGGAGGCAUUCUGUGCAGAACCAGGCUGUAUGAAACAUUUUUCCAAUGCUCAAUGCCUUAAGGACCACAUCCAGUCAUGCCACAGAUACAUGACUUGUGAGAUUUGUGGGAGAAAGCAGCUGAAAAAGAACUUUAAGAGACAUCUCCGCACUCAUGAUGCUGUUUGCUGGUCAAUGAAGAGAAUUAGAUGCCAUUUUGAAAAUUGUUGCCACACAUUUUCAAACAAAACAAAUCUUAAUGUGCAUGUGAAGGCUGUGCACCUUGAAGUCAGACCUUUUACCUGUGGAUUUCCAGGUUGUGAUGUGAGAUUUGCAUACAAGCAUGUUAGAGAUAAGCAUGAGCAAUCUGGGUGCCAUGUCUAUACUCCUGGUGACUUUGAAGAGUCUGAUGAGCAAUUUAGGUCGAGGCCUCGAGGUGGGAGGAAGAGGAAAUGUCCAACUGUAGAAAUGCUGAUUCGCAAGAGGGUUACUCCACCAACCGAUUUGGAUCCCUUCCAUGCUUGGUUUCAGUCAAAUGAGGGUGAAGAGUGAGUCGCCUCGGCUUGAGUCUGGAAGUUAGCUCUGUAUAUCAACUGUAUAGUGUUCUGGUAUAUUCUGCUUUUUGUUACAUCUAGAAGUUAUAUAAACCUUUCAACUGAUUAUUUUCCCUACGUCAUAUGAUUUUGUAUUGGCACAUAUAUUAAUGUAGCUUGUAGCUUUUUAGCUUAAAA